AUGCAAGACGUUGAUGAAAAAAGAGAAGAGAGGAAAAGGCGAGAAGCGUCGCGUCGAAAAGGCGAAGCAGACAAACGAACAAAGUCCAGAGAUGGAGCUGAUCGUGAGGCUAAACGUAGAGCUCGUCGGCCGGACAACUCCUCGUCCAACGCCUCCAAAUCUCGCGAGCAGACAGAUCGAGAUGCCAAGAGAAAAGCUCGUUCGGGCAAGUCCGUAGAUGAAUCCAAAGAUUCACUGUCACGGUCAGCAAGAGACCGAGACCGCAAGUCAAAACAUCGUGGAAAGCCUAACAAACAGGCUGCUGCCCCAGGUGCCGUCCAAGAAUACAACGGCGAUGAGAGUGACCGUCCAAGACGAUCCAAAGCGAGUGGAUCAAACCGCAAGAAAUCUGGCGCUGUUCCAAAUUCUCCAACAUCACCGUCCAGCAAAAUCCGAGCGAAAUUGGACAACAUGGAGGAUUUGAAACCAGAAGAAGCACAGACUUCGCUCAGACCGGAACCAGAAACGACUACAAUUGCAGGUAGCCUUGUGGAAGGUGACGAUACCAUCGUUGCUACUGCAGUCGAUGAACAGAGAGCCGUGAAACCUUGGGUUCCAACACCAACACCAGGACAAGAACAUCAACAGCAACAGGAACCACCCACCAGUAGUCCACCACCAAAAACACCAUUCUAUUGCAAAGGUGGAUUCUGGAUUGUGGUUUUGCUCAUUCUUGCGGCUGCCGGAGUGGGCAUCUUCUUUGCGACGCAAUCGGAUUCUGAGACUCCAGUUCCUGCCAACGAGACCAACAAUACCAUCGGCACAGAAAAAUCAAUUACGGAAGCGACAAAGACACCAACGACAUCUCCCUCUUUUCUUCCAUCGGUAUUUCCGUCCACUUCACCUACAGAAACCGUGGUAUAUGACCCUCCGUCUCCAGCAGACUGCGCUGCAGUGUCGAGAGGAGAUGAUUUGGUUGGUCAAGAGGACCUCAAUUUGCAGACUUUCACAGUUCCAAUGGAUGUCGUCUUGUCCACUUCUCUUGACGAUGAGAUUGUACGUGUUGAACUACAAGAAAGAAUCCAAGCACUGUUCAUGCCCGAGCUCAUUGGCUGCUUUCUCGAUACUCGACGUGUAAGAGGACGCCAAUUAGUGUCUUCGCCCUACACGGUGGCAAAUGGGAAAGUCAUGGUCCAGGCCAGACCAGACACACCAUGCACCAGAAGCAUCGAGCCGAAGUGUCUCCACGUUUCGGCCAGUUUGGAUCUUUAUGUGCGGGGUUCCGAGCGACCCUUUGAUUUGAUCAGUUUGAUCGUCCAGGUGCUGGGACCGGAAGCGUUGCUGGUGAGCAACCUGUCAUUGCAACAACCUUUUGUGGAGAUAUUUAUCGUGACAGUCGCCUCUGGAAUCAUUUCAUUGGCUCCAAGCUCGACUCCUACAGCAGUAUCCAGCGAGAACCCGACCUUGUUUCUGACGGAAUCUCCAUCAACAGACCCAACCACUGCCCCAGUGACCUUUCCCACCACUGAGGAACCAACUGGAUUGCCGACAGUUGCACCGAUUGUACUAGCAACCCCAGAACCUUCCCUCCUGCCGUCUUCUGGGCCUACAUUUGCUCCUGUCACCGAUCCAACGCCAAUUCCAACACCACCACCCACUCCAGUUCCGACAGAGGCGCAAAGUCAAAGGCCGUCCGAAACACCCACCGCAACCCCUUCCGAUAUGCCAACAGGAAUGCCGUCCCAAAGUCCAUCCACAUCUCCGCCAACCCCAAGUCCAUCGACACCUCAGCCGACCGGAAUGCCUACGAGAAGUCCGACAUUGGCACCAAGUUCCAAUCCAUCUUUCGGAGCUCAUGGAAAUCAAUUCACUUCUUCGACCUAUGCCAUGUUCAGCUACGACCUGUCCCGUGGCGCUUCAAACGCCGAGCGGUAUGAAUUUGGCACUCGGCAAGCUGCCGUGGAUGGCUGUGCUAGGCUUGGACUCGAUCUUUGUCCCAAGAUUGCCAUUGAAAAUAGCGACGUCUGCGCGGGAGGUUGGUUGACAGAUGGUAAAGGUUAUUGGAUCACCAACCCUAGAAUAGAUUGCGCUCCUAGUCCAGGCUAUGUGGAUUGGUCACAAUCUUCUAUUAGGAUAAUUGCCGGAGCGUGGUGCUGUGGACGACCAUUACUUUUGCCUCGAGACUUCGCGUAUAUCUACACCUCAGUGGAGGAGGCUAGAGCUGCGUGUGCCACAGAAGGAUUGGGCCUCUGUACGAAGGAGCAAAUUGUUGGAGCAGAUUGGUGUGCAUAUGGCUGGCUGGAAAGCGGCGAAUGGGGACUUUGGAGUAGCGGUAGCAACCCAAGUGGUUGUGGAUCUCGUGGUUUGCUUAUCGGUGGCACUGAGGGAACAGCUGGUGCCUAUUGCUGUGCUACAUAUUAUGAAAACCAAUUCACUUCUUCGACCUAUGUCAUGUUCAGCUACGACCUGUCCCUUGGCGCUGCAAACGCCGUACGGUAUGAAUUUAGCACUCGGGAAGCUGCCGUGGAUGGCUGUGCUAGGCUUGGACUCGAUCUUUGUCCCAAGAUUGCCAUUGAAAAUAGCGACAUCUGUGCGGCAGGCUGGUUGACAGAUGGUAAAGGUUAUUGGAUCACCAACCCUAGAGGAGGAUGUGCUGUCGAUCCAGGUUAUGUGGAUUGGUUAAUAUAUCCGUAUGCCAAUGCCGGAGCGUGGUGCUGUGGGCGACCACUACUUUUGCCUCGAGACUUCACUUCAGUGGAGGAAGCUAGAGUUGCGUGUGCCACAGAAGGAUUGGGCCUCUGUACGAAGGAGCAAAUUGUUGGAGCAGAUUGGUGUACAUAUGGCUGGCUGGAAAGCGGCGAAAGGGGACUGUGGAGUAGCGGUAGCAACCCAAGUGGUUGUGGAUCUCGUGGAUUGGUCAUGGGUGGCACUGAGGGAACAGCUGGUGCCUAUUGCUGUGCCACAUAUGGGAGCGUCUAA